AUGGCCGCGGCUCCUCAGGCACCGGGGAGGGGCUCCGUUCGGAAGACGAGACCCUUAACCGUAAAGACCUCGCUGAACAACCCUUACGCCAUCUGCUGGAGCGCGCUCGAGAGAGAACACAUGCACUUCAUACUGCAGACGCUUGAAGACAGAUUUAAAUCUCUUGGGCUUCGGAAGAUUGAGGAUAAGAAGAAAAAGAGAAAGCAGUUUUUAAAAAAACCAAGCCCAGACAGGUGUGGCACAGAGGUUGAGAAGAGCGAGGGCCCGAAGGAGAAACCGCCAGAAGGUAGCGAGCAGGGGUCAGGGUGGACCCCCGUGGACGUCAGGAAGCAGCUCGCCAUUGGCAUCAAUGAAGUCACCCGCGCUCUGGAAAGGAACGGGCUGCUGCUGGUCCUGGUGUGCAGGUCAGCCAAGCCCGCUAUCCUCACCUCGCACCUGAUUCAGUUAAGUCUGAGCCGGGCGGUUCCCGCUUGCCAGGUUCCCCGGCUCAGCGAGAGGCUCGCACCGGUCAUCGGCCUGAAGUGCGUCCUGGCCUUGGGGUUCAAAAAGACCACCACAGCCUUUGACGCUGAAGUCAGAGCUAUAAUCCCCCGAGUACCCAGCUUACACGUGCCCUGGCUUCAAGGCAGACCCGAGGACUCCGGGGCAAGUUUAGACACUGCGUCCUCAGAAAGCCGAGACAGAGAGAUUUUGGACACGUCCUUUGAAGACCUCUCUAAACAGAAAAGAAAGCUUGUUGGAAGUCAGCAGACUGUGGUGUUACAACCCCUUAAAAUAAAGAAACUGAUUCCAAACCCCAAUAAGAUAAGGAAACCACCCAAAGGUAAAAAAACGACCUCAAAGUAAUCUUGGGUCAACUUAUCGUUUCACACAGUUGUAAGAUGACACUUUACGAAGAAGCCUUGGAACUAAUAAAAUGCGUUAUUUUUA